GUGGGACUGAAUCGUCAUCGGGAGUGCGGAAGGAGCGGGGCGGGCGCUAUAUAAACCCCGUGCAGAGUGCCGCACUCACAGCCCCGCCACAGCUGGCCUCAGGACGGACGCUCCCGCACCCACCAUGUCGCAGGCUGGCGCUCAGGAAGCCCCCGUCAAGAAGAAGCGGCCCCCCGUGAAGGAGGAGGACCUGAAGGGGGCUCGAGGGAGCCUGGGCAGGAACCAGGAGAUCAAGUCCAAGACCUACCAGGUCAUGCGGGAGUGCGAACAGGCUGGCUGUCCCGCCCCCUCCGUGUUCAGCCGAGCCCGCACGGGCACUGAGACCGUCUUUGAGAAGCCCAGGGCCGAGCCCGCCAAGAGUGUCUUUGGCUGAGAAGCGCCCACAGGUCCGCCCGCCGCACGCAGAGACCGGAGCCCAGGGCCUUUCCCAGACUGCCAACGCCAGACAGCCUCGCAGCCGCUGCCUCUGGGACCAGCACCCCCCGCCCCCCGCCCCCGUCUCACACAGCACCAUGGGCAACAACGAGGGUCCCGCAGGGGAGGGUUGCGGGGGGUCACUGAGGCAGGGGCAGGGAGGGUGGGGCGCGGGCUUUCAGGUCACCCCAGAGGACAAGGCAGCUGCCCGCACAGUCCCAGCCUCGUGCUAGCACAGCUGUGGGGGCAGAGGCCUCGUCCUGAGGGACCUCUGGGGCUUCAGGCUUUCUUCCCUCUUCUAAGCCUCAGUUUCCCCUUCUGUACCUCAAAGGAAUUGAGCUGGAGCCUGUGGCCUGACACAGACCCAGCGACAGGUCCAGAUGUAACUGGUCAGGGCCCAGCUCCAGCCUUCCCUGGCCUGAGGGGGGUGGGGGAGGAUAGCUGGAGCCCCUCCAGGGAACCCGGCCUCCACAAGUACGUGCAGCAGGCAGAAGGCCGAGCCCCACCAAGGCCAUCCAUCACAGGAAACUCGGGGGUAGGACAGGAUACAGGAAAACAAAACCCUGCUCAGUUCCUGGAACCCUCUGCCCCCUGUGCUGAGGGACUCGCUAUGCUCACAGCCGACCACCCCGUGACCCGCCUCCUGGGGUGCUAGGCUGGCACGGGCAAGUCAGAGAAGAGGGGCCCCACACCUGACCCCAGCCCCGCAGAAGUGAAGCACAGAAUAAAAUCUGUGCUGGUAUCGGCACAAAUAGGUCCACCCUGCUCCCACCAUGCCCACCGGCCCCACCCCACAGUGGGAGCAGGGACAGAGCAAACCCCUGUCCCCCCGCCCCCAUCCCCCCCCCACACACAGCGCGCUCCUCCCUGGGGGCACCGGCCUGCUCUCCCCCUGUCCUGGAGCUUGGCAAUAAACAGGACUUCUUGCUCACC